AAAGCAAAUGCAGUACCACCACCGCCACCAUCAACUGGUGGUGGUGGAUUCGUAGAUUCAAUUGCAAAUAUAGCCAAAGCUAAAGCUGAUGAACUACAACGUCGAAAAGAUGAUUCAGAUAAUAAUGAUAAUGAUGAUGAUAACGACGAGGAUUGGGAAUGA